CUCUGGUCUCAAAUUAGCCUUUUUGUAGAUCAGAUGCCGACUCUUUGUUGCACAGAUAUCUUCCAGAUCAGUAAUGCUCCAUCAUUCCAGGCAGGGUAUACUCAGAAACCAAUCAGAAGCCAGCACACGCUAGUGAAUGGAGAUGAAUUAAAGGAGAGAGAGCUUGGGUAGUUUGAAAAAUUGCUUUGCCAGGGAGAUACUGAGGGAUCCCUAUACUACUCCAUUGCAGGAGGUCCGAAAAGUGCAUUACUCUCAGCUGUUUUUUAGCAGCACGCGAUGACCAACAAAGGAGAUAUGUGCUUUCAACAUGAGGACGUUUUCAAUUUUAAGUCAGAUCACACAGUUCCACAGAUGAUUCAUACUGAAGAGAAAGCGCGUUCAUGGUUUGAAUGGGAAGCAUGCCUCAAAAAAAAUCAAAGUGUUACUGGACACCAGAGGAUGCAAACAGAAGAGAAGCCAUUUAAAUGUCCAGAAUGUGACAAGUGUUUUGCAAAAAAGUUAUUUCUUAUUAAUCACCAGAGGAGACACGCAGGGGAGAAGCCAUUUAAAUGUUUAGAAUGUGACAAAUGCUAUUCACGAAGGACGGCUCUUAUUCUACACCAGAGGAUUCACACCGGAGAGAAGCCAUUUAUAUGUUCAGAAUGUGACAGGAGCUUUACAAAACAGGCAGAACUUACUGAACACCAGAGGAUUCACACAGGAGAAAAGACCUUUAGAUGUUCAACCUGUGGCAAGUGCUUCACUCACAAGGGAGAUUUUACUAAACACCAGAGGACUCACACAGGAGAGAAGCCAUAUGGAUGCUCAGAAUGUGGUCUGUACUUUGCGCAAAGGCACAAUCUUACUGUACACCAGAGGAUUCACACAGGAGAGGAGCCAUAUACAUGUUCAGAAUGUGGCCUUUCCUUUGCUAGAAAGAUGCAUCUUGCAACCCAUAAGAAGACUCACAGAGGAGAGGACCCAUUUAAAUGUUCAGAAUGUGACCGGGGCUUUAUAGAAAAGUCAAAUCUCAUUCGACAUCAGAAAAUUCACAAAGUAAAGAAACCAUUUAAAUGUUCUACAUGUGAUAAAUGCUUUACAGACAAGAAAGAUCUUAUUAAACAUCAGACGAUGCACACAGCCGAGAAGCCAUUCGGAUACUUUGAACAAGAAAACCAGGUCCGCUCAUUAGAUCAGGCCUCCCUCCCAUCAUAUGAUGGCUGUAGUAUAACACACCCGCGGGGGGGAAACUGUACUUGCCUUACCUCUGGCUUCUGCACUGAACAGGAUUGCAUCACAACUCUUGCAGCGAGAUCCUUGGAAAUGCUGAAUAACCCAAAUAUUGGAAGUCUAUCCAGUAUGUUUUUAUGAGAUUUGUAAUUUUUUUAAUUCGCAGACCCUAGACAGCAGGGUCGUGAUGUGACCCUCCUCUAGACUACGUUUAAAAUCCUUAAAGCGGGAGUUCACCCGAAAAUUUUUUUUGAACAUUAGAUUCAUGCUCAUUUUGUCUAGGGGAAU